AUGGCCAUUGAUGCUUGUGGAGACGUGUCGUCUACUGCGAAGUUUUGCACACAGCAGUGGGUUUUGGAUGAAAAGCUGAGAAAGACUUUCCAUAGUUACGUUGAGAUCAGAGGGAUAACGCCGAGCAUGAUCAACUUCUUACACGAGUAUAUAAUCAACAAAGUUAGUAAAGAGAACUUACUGUGGUUGAAAACGCUCAAGAACUUCGUCACGUCUUGA